AUGAAGUUGCUGGCCCCCUUAACCUCCUCGAUAGUGGUGUGUCGCUCACACCUGGAUAUCGCUGCAUUGCCUCACAUCGCCGAGGCCAUCAGCGCGUUCCUCGAUUGCUCUGUGCACUGGUCGCUCCCCGACGCGUGCGGCUUCGCCUUUCAGGAUGGCGCCCUGCGACUCGUACGACGCGAAGAUCCUUUCUACCGCCAAAAGCUCUUCACACUCGGAAUGGCACGCGCAGCUGCACGCGGGGACGUGAGCGUAAUGCAGUGGCUUGUACGGGAAUUCCCUGGUUGCUACGUGACAGUUGCAGUCGAAGAAGCAGCCAAGAAUGGCCAUCUAAAGGUACUACAAUGGCUACAUCGGAACAGCCGAGUGGGCCACAUACGAGACGAAGGGGGCGGGAGAAAUAGCACAGGACUGGACGUGUUCUGGGGCGCCAAGGAGUUGUAUUACGCUGGGCUAAAUGGCCAUUUGAGGGUGGUGCAAUGGCUACAGGAGCGUACAAACCCGACGCCGACGCAUAUGUUCUUCGUGACACUCGAGGAAGCAGCCAAGAACGGAGAUCUGGCCAUGGUGAAGUGGCUCUGUAAUGUUAGAGGGGAAUGGUCGCCCUAUGCGGCGGUAUUGGCAGCCAGUGGUGGGCAUUUGGACGUUCUGAAGUGGCUGAAAAGUAACAUUUUCAGUUCCUCGCCGUCUGCAAACAUGGACGAUGCAGCGGCGAAUGGACAUUUGCAUGUGCUGAAAUGGCUACAGUUGAACUCGGGGUUUGCUACCUCUGCAGCCAUGAAUAAAGCUGCUGGAAAUGGACACAUUGAGAUUGUCAAGUGGCUUCAAAACACGCGACGAGAAGGAUGUACCACUGUAGCCAUGGAUCGAGCUGCUGCGAAUGGCUACAUUGAAAUUGUCAAAUGGCUACAGUCUAAUCGGGAAGAAGGAUGUACCAAAGCGGCGAUGGACGAGGCAGCGACUCAUGGACAUCUUAAUAUUGUGCAAUGGCUGGAGAGUAACCGAGAGGAAGGAUGUACCCUACGUGCGAUGGACGGCGCUGCGAUGAACGGACACCUAGAAGCUGUCAAAUGGCUACAUCAACACCGGAAAGAAGGCUGCACAACAGCAGCGAUGGAUGGUGCAGCACGAGCAAACCAUCUUCAGGUACUUAAGUGGCUACAGACGAACCGUAAAGAGGGUUGUACGCUUGCAGCCAUGAACCUUGCCGCUCGCAAUGGGCACUUGGAGGUGGUGAAAUGGCUACAUCGUCAUCGUAAAGAAGGAUGUACAAAGGAUGCGAUGGAUCAAGCUGCAGCUCACGGUCACUUACACAUCGUACAAUGGCUACACAAGAAUCGUAAGGAAGGUUGCACGUUCAACGCGAUGGACCGUGCAGCGGGUGCAGGACAUCUGCACGUUGUGAAAUGGCUACAUGAAAAUCGAGCCGAAGGUUGCACCAAGGCAGCGAUGGACAACGCAGCAGCCAGAGGCCAAUUGAAGGUGGUGCAAUGGCUACAUGCAAACCGAAGUGAAGGAUGCACUGGCGUCGCGAUGGACGGAGCCGCGUCCAGUGGACAUUUUGAUGUUCUGUUAACUUUGCAUAGUGAGCGGCUCGAGGGCUGCACCGCGAAGGCGUUUGUGAACGCGACGACUGCAGACGAGCUGGAGAUUCUGCAGUGGCUUUUCGAGCAUUAUCGGGAGCAAUUUGGCUACGAUCGUCUGCAGCUUUUUGCCGUGGGGAAGUUUUAUACGCUUCAGUGGCUCAAACGCGAGUCAAUUCUCGAAGAUCUUCCCGAGAGCGAGCGCCACUUUGAGUAA